AAAAUUAAUUCUGGUAUGUUACCCUUCAUAUCAAGCUUAAUUAGGAAAAAGGAAUUUUAAGAUUUUGCUGGUGUAUGUAGAGGUAUUUACAGAGUAAUGGAUGGAGUGAAUUAACCUUAAUUGUUAAAAGAGAAUUUAAUAGAUGAAUCUAAAAAAUAGUAAUAAAUGAAUGGAAUAGAUGGAUAGUAAGAAAAAGUGGUAUAAUAAAUAUAAGAAUAAAACUAAUCAAUAAAAUAAGGAGCAACAAAAUUAGAUGAUAAUAAUAAAGAUCAAAAUGAAUACAAAAGGUAAGAUAUAAUAGAAUAAGACAAAUAAAGAAAUGUUUAGUAAUCUUAAAUUCCUUCUGCACCAUCCAUAAAUAAAUAAUUUACUGAAAAUAAAGUACCAUAAACAGCAAUUGGAAGAGUAUAUGAAUUUGGUGCAUUAGGAGUUAAUUUGGCAACAAAUGCAAUGAAGACUAUGGUGACUUAAGGGAAUGUAUAAAAACGAUUGAGAAUAAUUAGGUUUCUUUUAGACAAGCAUUGGUAAGUGAGGAGAAUGCUUCACUUCUUGCAAAAGGUCUAUGUAAAAUGAGAGGAGCUCCUUUGAAACUUGCAUAAGCAUUAAGUAUUUAAGAAGAUGAAGUAAUACCAAAACAUAUUAGAUAAGCAUUUGAAUAAGCAAGAUAGAAUGCAGAUAUAAUGCCAUAAAAGUAAUUAGAAAAAGUAUUAUAAAUAUAUUAUAUAAAUAGAUGUUAAAAUAAGAAUUUGGAAAUUAAUGGAUGAAUAAAUUUAAAGAAUUCGAUAUAAAACCAUUUGCUGCUGCUUCAAUUGGAUAAGUUCAUGAAGCAAUCACAUUAGAAGGAAAACGUGUUGCAGUUAAAAUUCAAUAUCCAGGAGUAAAAGAAGCUAUUGAUAGUGAUUUAAAUAAUCUUAAAAUGCUUAUGGAAUAUACUAAGUUAUUUCCAAAGACUAUGUUUUUAGAUAAAUUGAUUGCAAAUACAAGAAAAGAAUUGCAUGAAGAAUGUGAUUAUACAAUAGAAGCAGCUAAAUAAAUUAAUUAUAGAAAUUUAUUUGGGAAUUAAAUUGAAUUUGCUAUUCCUGAAGUGAUUACAGAAUUAUCAACCUCAAGAAUUUUGACAGCAGAAUAUUUGUAUGGUGAUACAAUUGAUUUUGCAGCAGAAUUUUAUCCUCAACAUUUAAGAAAUGAAAUUGGAAGGAGAGUUAUGAGUCUUACUCUAUAAGAAUUAUUUAAAUUUAGAACUAUGUAAACCGAUCCUAAUCCUUCCAAUUUUUAUUUCGAUAGAAAUUCUAAUAAAUUAAUACUUCUUGAUUUUGGAGCAGGUAUUUUUAUAUUACAAUUUUUAGUUCAUGAAUAUACUAAAUAAUUUAUUGAUAAUUAUAUUGGAGUUAUUUAUGCUGCUACUAUUUAAGAUCGAAAAGAAUGUUUAUCAAAAUCUGUUGACUUAGGAUUUUUAACUGGUGAAGAAAGUAUUCGAAUGAAAGAAGCACAUGUAGAUUCUAUCAUAUGUGUUGGAGAACCUUUCAGAUAUUAAGGAGAAUUUGAUUUUGGAGAAUAAUAAAUGACCAAAAAGAUUUAUGAACUUAUGCCUGUUAUGCUUAAAUACAGAAUGAGACCUCCACCUCCUGAAAUCUAUUCAUUACAUAGAAAAUUAUCAGGAGCAUAUUUAAUGAAUAUGAGAUUAAAAACUAAAGUUAAUUGUAGAGACAUAUUUAUGAAUCUUUAUGAAUAAUAUAUUAAACUAUAAUGA